UAGAGUAAACAGUGCAGGCAACGAGGAUCAUGCUCAGGAAGUUGCUGUGUAUGGCUGACUGCAUUAACUACAUUAUUUUAGCCAGAUAGCCCUGCAGAAUCUUAGCCUGCUCACUAAGCUUAUCAAUAAUGCAUAAUGAUCGAACAGAGAGUGACUGGCAGGGACUGGUCAGUGAGUUUCUUGUCUGUAAGAGGAAGCUGGAAAGCAAGAAGGAAGCUCUGCUUAUCCUGUCCAAGGAACUGGACACAUGUCAGCAAGAGAGAGACCAGUACAAGCUUAUGGCCAAUCAGCUGCGAGAGCGACACCAGUCUUUGAAGAAGAAGUAUCGAGAACUGAUUGAAGGAGAUCCAACACUUCCACCAGAGAAGAGAAAGCAGGCUAACCUGGUACAGCUGUUGGGGGAUUCACGGGAAAGGAGUAAACAACUGGAAACAGGAUUAAAAGAACUUCAGCAGAGAUUGGAAGAAAUUGAGGGAGACAAUAAGUUACUUAGAAUGACAAUUGCCAAGCAAAGACUUGGGGAUGAUGAGGUUGGCCCCCGCCAUUUUGCCCCUCAUGAACGAGAAGACCUUGUAAUGCAGCUGGAGAAAGCAAGGGAGCAGAUUGAAACUCUCGAGCAUGACCUGCAGUCAGCUUUGGAUGAACUUCAAGAUGUAAAGCAAGAGCGCUCAUUUUAUCAAGACAAAACUGGACGGCUCAAUGAAGAACUAAACCACGUUUUAGGGGGUCAUGAAAACCGUAUCAUAGACAUUGAUGCUUUGUGCAUGGAGAACAGGUACCUGCAAGAAAGAUUAAAACAACUACAGGAGGAAGUUAAUCUGCAGAAAAGUAAUAUUGUCAAAUACAAGAAUGCUCUGGAAAGACGAAAGAAUUCCAAGUCAAGUAGCAGGACAAACAGCAGUGCUUUGACUGGAGUGCUUUCUGCAAAACAAGUCCAGGACUUGCUGUCUGAGGACCACGGAUGCAGUCUGCCCGCAACACCUCAGUGUAUUUCUGAUCUGAAAUCUCUAGCCACAGCCCUAUUAGAGACGAUUCAUGAAAAAAACAUGGUCAUUCAGCACCAGAGACAGACUAACAAAAUUUUAGGAAACCGAGUGGCAGAAUUGGAGAAGAAGCUUAGGACAUUAGAAGUUGCCGGCUUGUGGAGUCUUCCAGGAGGAAGGGAUACAAUAUCUUUGCAUGAUACAGCACUUCCUGUAACGCAGCGACCCAAAUCUCCAAUGCUGGCAUUUACUGAUGUACCUUGUCAUAAGCCUCAAACCUAUGAAGCUCACAGACAACCAAGUGUUGAGCUAUAUUCUCCUGCUUCGGAGAUGUCAACCAAAAAUGAAACUUCCCAGGUAUUGGAGAACUCACAGGAUCCCCUUGGUAAUACUUAUGAAAACAUGUAUCUUCAUCCAUUAAUACCACUGAUAGUCUCAGAAAAACAAGAAAUAGAAGAGAGAGGAAAAAAGAUUAUUGAGUUAUCAGAAGAACUGGCAGCAGUGGAAUUGGAAGAGAACUGCUUUGAAGGUCCUGUUGAGAGUCAAAUUUCUAUAGUUGUUCAACCUCAUGUUGACAACUUAGAAUCUCCAUUACUGAUCUCUGAGACAUCAGAACUUGUUCAUAAAGAUCAAAAUGAGAUUGCAUCAGUACCUGAAAUUACUCCAUCUGAAACUGAAGAGCAAAAGAAUGAAAUCUCUGAGCUUCCAACACCAGAGGAUGCUAUUAAUAGAACAGACUGUUCUAAACUAAAUGAAAAGAACUGUUCGGAUAAUGAUGAAAAAAGCACCAGUGAUGUUUGGAAAUCUGAUGCAGAUGAACUUAUUGAGAAUAGGGAAUCUUGAUCAUUUCAUAUGCAAUUGUUAAACCAAGUUAUCCUUGUUUAUAUCUGAGUAUGCAUUCCUUGCUUCACGCAAGUUCAUUGCUUCAAAUCUUUGGUUAAUGUGCUGAGUUAUAUAAUAUUGGAUCAUUUACUGCCAUUGUUUUGUACAGUGUGGUUCUGUUUGGUCUGUGUUGUUCCAAAUGUGUUUAUUUCAUAUUAAUGUUCUACUUAUUCUUUAGAUUAGAGCUUAAUUUAUACUUCAUUGAAAAAUGCUGUAUUUUUAUCAUAUAAGACUUACUUUUUACAAGAAAAAAUAAAAGGUAUAUUGUUUAGUGUCUUCCAUUAAAAAAUUGUAAUGAUUAGUAGUCUUCAGACUAAGGGAAAAAAUUAAGCAUUGGCAAAUGAUUUAAAAUGUUCAAUUAUGUAUAAUUACAAACGUUUUUAGUUAUUUGGCAUAAACUGGGGGUUUUCCAGUUCUGAGACCUGGAAGUGCACAUACAGACUUCAGAAACCUAUCCCUGAUACAUAUUUGUCUCUAAAUGGCCUCAAGAGGUGAUUACAUAUACUAGUGCAAAGCAGUGCACCUUUCACUAACUAACUGACAGUAGCAAGUCCAGAUUGGUUCCUCCAAAUAAAACAAGUGUUGUUGUUGUGGUGUGUGGGGGGGGAUUGGCUAUUGAAAAACAGUUGCUCUAAACAAGCUGUUUUAUUACAUUCACAAAGAUCUUACAACUAGUUGAUUGAUUAAUUUAAAAGGUCUUGUAAUUUUAUGGUGUUUUAUGUUCCUUUAAAAAAAUGGUGAUUAUCAAUUGCCCAUCAAGUUUUCUGUGCAGUAGGCGGAAGCACAAACUUAUAUUACUUGUCUAUUUCAUUUCAUUAUUUAUUACUUUCAUUUUAUUAUGAACUUUCUUUUUCCUUAAAUUGAUGUCUUAUAUGUUGAAAAAUACAGUAUUUAUUAUGUGUAGGUGUCAUUAGCUUACAACAAAAUAGUUUCAAUAUUAUUUAAUUUUAUGUAGUAGUUGAACAGUCAUAUUCAUUUCUGCGUUGUAUUUACUAUUGUAAAACCAAAGAAUGCAUGACCAUUGUGUAAAAUGCUUCCCUAAAAAGAUGGAAUGUGUUGACACUGGCAUGACUUUCCAUAAUUUAACUGUUCCUCACUUGUUAUGUUUAUGCUGUAAGUUUCCGUAAAAUGUCCUGGAUUUCCUGCCGAUGAUAAAUUUGUUUUAGCACUG